CUUCAACUCUCCAACCUUUCAACUUGAACCAACUUGUGCGCCAAUCACUGCCAAACUCUUUUCUUGCACUACUUAUAAUAGCUAUUGCAUAUACAAUGGCUACUGCUACUGCUACCACCACAACAUCGGGUGCGACACAGCCCCUGGUUACAAAGUGGUCUUCUCGAUAUCGUGGGGCCACUGUCGAAGACCUCGACCCCCCAGCCGCACUCUCACUCAACCCCUCCGAUGCCAUCUCCCUCGCCCUCAUGUCCGCCUUUGAGCGCGACUACACGCACCUUACCAUCGUCGAUGCCGACACCCGCGCGUUGCUAGGCUACAUAUCCAUUCCUCACCUUCAGUCCCUUCUCGACUCAGGCAAGGUCAAGCCUGAAGAUCAGCUCUCAGCCGCCAUGACACGCUUCCAGCGCAAGGGCCGUACCUAUCAGGUCAUCACCAUGGAGACGACCCUCGAGGAGCUUGAGAACUUCUUCCGUGGCGGCGUACCUGAUGGGCCAUGGAAGCAGGAAUUCGCCGUUAUCACGGAUGAGAAGAGGAGGUUUGUCUUGGGCGUCGCGACAGUACAGGACCUUGAGGAAUUUGUAAAGCGAAGACCCGAGUAAAGUGGUAUUUUUAGCAUGUGAUAUGCCAGAGCUGGGACCUAAAUCCCGAGGAACAAAGGCCGCGGGAAUAUGGCGCAGGGAACAGAAGAAAACAAGAAUCAAGCAUCAUGGAUGGGCGUUGGGGAAAUAAUGGCCUGAGCAUCAUGGAGACUACGGCAGGCUCAUAACAGCCAGCCAGGCAGGAAAGCUGCUUUCAACAUAGCGCGAUAUGUGGAAUAAUACACAUUGGUGAACACAAAUGUUGUGUGGUGCAAUUGGUGCAUAGAAAUUCAGUUUAGGAUGACUUCAUUUCGGUCUGUCAAAUUAUAUUUGUCUCAUGAGCAACUGUUGCAUGAGUCACUGGGCGAUAAUCAAGCAUUGUUACC